AUGUCGCAGCAGGAAUUGACACUCAUCGUUGCCGCCACGCGGAGCAUGGGCAUUGGCGCCAACGGCUCGAUGCCCUGGCAAGGUCUCCGCAAGGAGAUGCAGUACUUUGCACGCGUGACGACCAGGCUGCCACCCCAGGUGAGUCAACCAAGACAGACCAUUAAAAAAAGGGAGAAGAAGCUAAGGCAGUGUUGGAAGGCCGCGCCUGGCUCGGUCAACGCCGUCAUAAUGGGCCGCAAGACGUGGGACUCGAUCCCCCCCAAGUUCCGCCCGCUCAAGGACCGGCUCAACAUCGUCGUCACCCGCUCCGCGAAAGACUCGAUGAUCUCCCCAUUGCCGCCGCCCACGCUGCCCCUCACGGAGCCCCUCCGUGUGUCGUCGUUUGAACGGGCCCUGGCGUGCGCGGAUGCG